CUGGGAUCUCAUCUGUAGGCUCCAGGGAGAAUGGUGGUUAAGGUAGAGAAUUUGGCACGGUUUUUUUUAAAAAUUAAAUUUAAUUUCAGUUUCCCCUGGGUGACAUAAGGAAGUAACUGGUAGCCGUUUACAGAAAAUCCCUGAGCAUCCUGCCAAGCCUGAGCGAGGCCCAAAUGGGAACCUCAGUAAGGCCACUAACUUGGGGGACUUUGGUUCACAGUCGUGCAGAGUGGGAAGGCAUAUCAGAGACAGGAUCAGUAGACUGUGGGUGCGCAGGUAAAGGAUAGAAGGGCGUUGUAGGGAUCUUGUCCUUCUUUUAGUCUUUUGUUUUGGGCACUGCCAGUGUCCUUAAAUUGUUACUAGUUUCAAGCGUUGCCAUCUUUCAGUGGAGCUACUUUGGAAUCUUGAAGCUCUUUGGAGGCUUCUGCAUGCCAAUUGAAAUAAGUGGCGCAUUCUGCUUGUUUGAUUUGGGAGCCCUUAUAGUUAUUGAAUGAUCUUGUCUAAUUGGGGUGAUGCCCAUAAGGUCAUUGUAAUCCUGUUCCUUAGUAAGAGUUUGUCAUUUUUGUAGAUAUUGACAGCUUCUGGGACCAUGGUUCUUAGACAAAAUAUAAGCAGCUGUGCUGGAGGUGCCAUGUUUGGAGAUGUAAGGAUGCCAUUUCUUUGUUUAACCUUGCGUGUCUCAGAGUCAAUUUAAUACCUAAGAAGAAUGGGGGCUUUGUGUUUUUUUACAGUGCAUAGACUAUUCUUGAGGUUGGCGGUGACCUAGUCUCAGUCUAACCCAUUCUGUGACCAACCUCUCCCAGGAUGGGGGUCUGAGAGUCAGGUGAUCCCCAGCUCAAGGGUAUAGUGACCAGGUUAUAUUGCAGGCAAGGCUACUACUUGCAAAUGCACCCCGAUGGCGCUCUCGAUGGAACCAAGGAUGACAGCACGAAUUCUACACUGUUCAACCUCAUCCCAGUGGGCCUGCGCGUCGUUGCCAUCCAGGGCGUGAAGACAGGCUUGUAUAUUGCCAUGAAUGGAGAAGGUUACCUCUACCCAUCAGAACUUUUUACCCCUGAAUGCAAGUUUAAAGAAUCUGUUUUUGAAAACUAUUAUGUAAUCUACUCAUCAAUGCUGUACAGACAACAGGAAUCUGGUAGAGCCUGGUUUUUGGGAUUGAAUAAGGAAGGGCAAGUUAUGAAAGGAAACAGAGUAAAGAAAACCAAACCAGCAGCUCAUUUUCUACCCAAGCCAUUGGAAGUCGCCAUGUACCGAGAGCCGUCUCUGCACGACGUCGGGGAAACGGUCCCGAAGGCCGGGGUGACGCCGAGUAAAAGCACAAGCGCGUCAGCCAUAAUGAACGGCGGCAAACCAGUCAACAAGAGCAAGACCACAUAGCCCGGCGCGCGCCGUGGAGACGGGCUCGGCCCGGGCCCGGCGAGGGACCCUCCAGGCCGGACAUUCCCAGGCCCGGGGCCGAGCCACGCGGGGGGCAAGCCCAGGCCGGCGCCCUGCGGUCUCGAACUUGUCGCUGCCAGUGGAUGCCCCCGCCCGUUGCGUCCCCACAGCAAGAAGACACCUGGAGAACCAGCUCAACUCAGACCAUGGAAUGCCCUGCCAGAUAUGGAAUGCCUUUUUACUCUCUUUUCUGUGACCGUGACACUUGCUGUGAAUGACACACUUCACAAGUACACUCGAUUCCUUGCCUGCUGACAGCUCCCCAUAAUCCUUUUUGAGUCCUGUUUCAGCGACAUCCAUGUGUUUCAGUUCGGUUUUGUAGCACACCAAUACUCCUGAGUAAUUUCUAGUUAGCCGCUGUACACCUGUGCUAUUCUGGAUUUCCCCUCCUCCCGUCCCCACAGGGCUGCUGGCCUACUGUGCGCGCCUCCAGGAGGGUGUGCUCCGGCGCUGGCAGUGGGAUUAGCUCCCCGGGCCAGCGAUGAGGAGACUAGGAGGGUUGUCUGCGGCCCCCAUAGCGACCAACCCCACCUAUGCCCUCUACCCAGCACCAGGGCCCUGGGCAGCCGAGGUUGGUGUGGCGGGGUGAGCUAAAGGGGUGUGGGAAGUUCUCCACGCGGGUGUUUGACAUCCAGCCCCCUAUAGUUUCUUCGUGUGUGUGUGUGUGUUUUAUACAUAUCACAAGCUUACUGGUAAUGGUAACAUUUGCCUUGCCCAGCGAGCAAGACCCACUGGUUUUUAAGAAAGUGGGUCCAAAGAACUCUGUAGGCCUUGUGGGCCUGAUUAAGGUUCAUUUUUCAUCUACUAAUCCUCAUUAUUUGGAAAAAAGACAAAAAAAGAAAAAUCAGUCAUGACAACCUAGGAGAAUUGCGCUACCUAAAUCCAUUUCAGAUAUAAUCCUUCCUGUUUUUAAGGAACCGAGUUUAACGCCCUCCCCGGUUUUGGCUGCGUUCCAACUCAUCCCCAGCGGAGCAUGGGCAAGGCGGCUGUUGUGUUCUUUUUUCUGCAGCAGCAAUGCAAACGUUAGUUAUAAAUUAGACUUUAAUAUUUUUGGUGUUCAAUGACAAGUUUUUAAACUGGACAUACUAGGAAAAAAUAUUUUUUUUAGCUCAGCAUGCUGAGUCGGGUACUGUGUAUUCACCAGUCCAUGCCCCUGGCCCAGCCCCUGGCAGCCGAGUGUGGUGGCCCAGAGGCCGGGUGAGAGGUGCCUUGCCGCGAUCUCGGAAUGCAGGCUGGGGGGCGGUUCUAGGUCCAACUACAGGCAAACCCACACAUUCGACCAUCAGGUUUUCGACCCGUUCGGUUUAUCUGAUUUUUGUUUUCUUUGUUUUUCUUCGGAACUGAAUACGGCUGAACUCUGAGCUUAGGGAAGAUGGCGCUUGAGAAGGGCCAAGAAUUGUUGACGAUCCGCAGAGAAGAAGCCACGGCAGGUGUUCAGGGUUGGGUAGAAGGGGUUUCAAAAUGUUUAGUACUAAGCUGUUUGGAAAUAUAUUUGUUGACUGUGUGUGUACUUAAUAAAACUCAAUGUUUUCUUCUCAAAAGAGUUCACUGAGACCAAAUCUAACCUCAUUUGCAGAAAACUUGAUGUGGGAUCAGUACACUGGCCUCUUGUAACUCUGUCCAUGGGGAAGGAUGACCCAGUCGCCAUUUUCUCCCACCUGCACUGUAUUUACUGGGAAAUUAUUUUGUCACUGCUUUCCUAAGUCGACAUGACAGCCCCCGCCCAGCAUUCAAAAAUGUUGGCCUGCUUAGCUGAUUAAAGAUUUAGUAUAAAUUUAACUGUUAAUGCUUCUUUCAUUUUCAUAUUGGAUUCCAUUUUAAUAAAUAAAAAGUUAGCAUAACGUUUGAGUACAUUUAUUGUUGAUGAUGCUAAAGAACAAAUACAACAAAAUGAUUCUUUUGACCACUCGUGACUUCUUGUUACGUCCUUUAAAAAUCUGUCGUUCUUAACAAAAUAAGUUAAAAUACACUAGAUGAAUCUCAUUACCCGAUGAGUAGGGUUUAUUGAUGGAAUAUUGUAUUUGAUCAUAUAUGACUAUGAAUAAUAUAACUUGAAAUUCCAAUUAGAUGGGCAUAUGGACACUGUUUACCCCACCACACACACACGCACACACACACACACACAUCAAACAACCCCACCUCUUUGUUCACGUAAUCAGCUCUACUGGCUAAUUUCUUUUUCCCCUGCUAGCUUGUUAACUGGUUAAAAUUAAGACAGGAUUUAUUUUUGUAAAUGACUGAGAUUUCUGUAAAUGUGAACUUCUUGUUUUGUUUUCCUUUUUUUUUUUUUUUAAUGAGUUGUCUAUAAGGGUAUUUAUCCCUGUGAAUGGAUGUUGACAUACUUUCUGCUACUCCAUGUUUAGACGUAUUGCAGAGGGGUCCUUGUUAUUUGUGAUUUAGUUAGAUCAUUUAUACUUUGUGUCUGGUCUCACCAUUGCAUGGGAUGAGGACAGGUCUGAUGAACUGCAUGCAGUGGGACCUGUGUGUUAAGAACUGUCGGUAUGUAUUACUCGAUUUACAUACAGAGUUUGUCUGCAUUGUACAGUUUCUAUGUUCAAUAUAAUUUGUUGUAUUCACAAAUACAACAUAUUGAAUAAAAUGUUUAUAUGAAGGCAUAUUAAAAAACAUCGAACAUCUUUAUGUAACGAAAUGGCAUUGCAUCACCAUACAGAGAGAAGUGUCAUGUGAGCGAGUCAGUAAAUUCACUUGCCCCCUCUAUCAUGCCAAAGAAAAUUUUAGCUCUUUGAUGAUACCUCUCUUGCAAUUUUUCGGGGAUAAGACGCCACCAUUUUUCCCCUCAGAAAUUAAGUUUGCUGUUAUUAAAGUAAGUACAAUCCAUCACUCUCGAUGUUCUGUGUAGUAAAUCUGAUGGAAUUCAUUUGUAUUUACAGCCUGUGUGUUCUGUAUCUCCAUGUGCAUAUGUCAGUUGUAUCAAGCCUCUCUAAUACCACAUUCCUUUUGCAUGCAUUUCUGGUGUGGGAGGGUUAUUUCUACUGAUUUGUUAUGGUAGUUGAUUGCUUUGCCUGUCCCUCAACAAUGCUCCGGAAUGUUAAUUGUUUUGAUAUUUCAAGUAACUGCUUUUGUUUUUGUAUCCGUUUGUUUUCUAAAAUGAUUUGCUACAACUUUACUUGGUAAAUUAUAGAAGAGAUGCAUAUGGUCUGCCCUAUGUAAAGAGUAAAAUGGAAUUAAGCAUUCUUUCAUUACAAGCCCUAGAGAAUGUAGAUUCUCACUCGAAAUAUUCACUUGCCCCGAGUAUUUGUGGGAGUGACUUCAGGAGCUUUACAAUGUGCCCAGAAGACUCAUGCCCUGGUCCUUCCAAUUAUUUGCUUCCUGCCGAGUCAGCCAAAUGUCUUUAUCAUACCUAGCUAGUUGCUUAAUUAAUGCCUAGAGCACUAAAACAGUCAUUUUUUUUUUCCUUCAGGAUGACCAAUAUCAGAUUUGGCUCUCAUUUAAGAAAAAAACAAAACAAUAAGAAAAAAGUGUUUCUUUAAUUUAGACAUGUAUCUUUUCAUUUAGUUUUUUCCCUAAUAUUACAGAGAUAAUUAACAUUUGAAAGAGAGACCAGAGUAGGAAUGUGAUUGACUAGGAAAUCCAUCUUAAAAGGUAGAAAUUAUUUUCAAAUUUAUUUCAGAACAAGACUCUAUCCAGAGAAAGCAUUUGAGCUAAAGGCAGGCGUGUCAAAAUUCAGAAGUAAUUAUAUUACUGUGGACAAAAUACCUUUCAGAUUUUGAGUUUCUUAGCUUAGAAAGGGGUGCCCAGGGCCUACUGGUCCUCUUGAAUAGUAAUUAAGGCUUCAAAGUUUGACAGUGAGUCUGCAAACAAAGGCUGUUAUUUUUUUGGUUUUGUUUUUUUCAUGGUUUUCUAUGUGGGUCACUCUCCUCCCAACAUUGCUGGCUGGGAUUGUGAUUGCGUGUUAAGUGGAAAGUUUUCUUUCAGUAUAUUGCAGGAGUCUACAUUAGCUCAAGGAGUCCAGAAAGGCAGUGGGGUAUGAUGAUUCUCCUCUGAGGCUAUAAGGAUUCCAUCAAAAUUUAUUGAAAAUCCCCGAGGGAAGAAUUUCUCAGUGACAUUUUGCCAAGGAAGCAAGGUCAGUGCCAACACCACCUGCAAAUGUGUGGCUUCCUUCCCAAAUGCAAGGUACAGCAGUCUGGCCUCCUCUUACAUUGGAAGUUUACUUUGCCCUGCCUUCUCUUUUUUAAGCGGGAGUCUCUAUCUCAGCAUGGAAUCAAAUGUCAAAGGACAAAAUGACAUUUAGAAGGGUAGAAUUUAUAUCUUUUUGUAACUAUAUUUAUUUCCAGCUUAAACAUGUAACUUAAAUCACUUCUUAGUCUGUGGAUGUUUGGAUUGCUAGAUUCAAAAUCACAUACAUACACGUAUAAAAUAUUACAACAGACACAGAGAAGUAAAAAGAAAAUAUUUCUGUUUUAAAAGGAAAAUAUUCAUUCGAAUUUAGAUACCAUGUGAUUAUAAUUCAGUUUCAGCUCAAUGAUUUGUAACUAAAUGAACCCCAGAAUACUGACUGUAUUUAAGUUUUAUCAAGAAAUUCGAACAAAAUUGAUCUUGAUGGUAUAAUAAUUUGUCCAUUCUAAUCUUUUUCUUAAAAGACAUAAAUGCUGAGGGUCUUUUUCUUAUACGAAGCUAUAAGGAGAUGCACUUUUAUUUAUUGUAGUUGUUAAUGAAAAGGGAUAACAAAUAUAGAGAAUGAAAAGAAAAAUAGGCUACAUUAGGUUUUGUGUGUGAUGAGAUCUAAGGAAUCAAGGGCUGUUCCACAAGAGCAGAGAUGGGUAAACUAUUGCUCAGCUGUGAGUCAAAUCCAGUUCACAAUCUGUUUUUUAUGGCACAGGAGCUCAGAAUGAGGUGUUUUUUGUUUUUCUUCUUCACAAUUUAGAGUUAUUAAACACAUACAAACAAAAAAUAUGUGACAAGGAUGUAUGUGACCAGCAAAGUCUAAACUCUUUGCUAUCUGGUCCUUUAUAAAAAAUAAAGCUCUAAAAUUGUGAAACUUGAGGCCACUUGUGCUGCGGUGGCUGCAUAAUGUAAUGAAUUCCAGAGUUGGUACAUCAUCAAAUAAGUCAAGUUGCUACAGAACAAUUACAAUAGGUUUGUCUGAGGCUUAAAAUGCUUAGGAAGGGGAGAGAAUAUAAUCUAUGUUAUUUUCUAACUGCUUAUGUUUUCUCAUUUUACAAAACCGAUAUAUCAGUUGACAUACUCAAUCAUAGAGAUACAACUAAUACCGCUGCACUUCUUAAUCUCAGGAUAGAGAUAACAAUUUUAUAAAUCUAUUCAAGUAUGAAAACACUGUUAGUCUAUAAACAUCAGCAUCAGUUAAAUUAUCUCUUA